AUGAUGAAGAAGUUAUGGGUUGUUCGAUUCUUUCUCUUCUUCACUUUUGCAAACACAAACCUCACUUCAGGUUGCUUUGAACAUGAGAGAAAAGCUCUUCUCCGCUUCAAAGGCAGCAUUGUAUCAGACCCUUUUGGUCGACUAUCAUCUUGGCAUGGAAACAAGUGCUGCCACUGGCAAGGGGUCGGCUGUGAUAAUGCAACCGGACAUAUCACAAGGCUUGACAUCGAAGGUGAUCGGUCAUUUCUUACGAGACCUCACAUGAAGUUAAAGGGAAAUGAGUUGAAUUCGUGUUUAGCUGAGUUGAGUCAACUGAGUUACAUGGAUUUGAGUGGGACGUAUUUUGGUGGCAGUCCGAUUCCUGAGUUCAUAGGAUCGCUAACUCAACUCAGAUAUCUGAUACUUUAUUCUGCGGGAUUUUCUGGUUUGGUUCCUCAUUUUAUUGGAAAUCUGUCGAAUUUGCGCGUGCUUGAUCUCGGUGACAUGGAUCUGCUAGUCGUGGAUGAUUUCACAUGGUUUUCAGAUCUUUUGUCACUCACGUAUCUUGAUCUGAGCAGAGUGAGCAUUGUUAAAGCUCCAAAUUUCAACAAAGUAUUGUUGUAUAUGAUUCCUUCUUUACUAGAGUUACGCUUAUCAGGUUGUGAUCUUUCUAAUUCUCAGUUCUAUCAAACACAUCUUGACUCAAAUCUUACCCUUUCCACCAUUCAAAAACUUGAUCUUAGUUCCAAUUUGUUCCAUAGUGAAUUCCCUCUGUUUUUACAAAAUAUGACGUCUUUACAAGUUCUUGAUCUUUCAUUCAAUGAACUCAAUUCUUCAAUCCCAGACAUGAGAAACGUUGUCGAUCUCAACCUUGCACUGAAUAAUUUUAAGGCUAUUCAAGAUACCAGGGUCUGGAGGCUCUGUCGGUUAAAGAGUUUGGAUCUUUCAUUCAAUUCUAUGAAAGGGGGAUUCAUGGGGCCAUCAACGAAUGGAUCCGAAUGUGCCCGAUUUUCUCUGGAGACGCUGAUUCUAACUGACAACGAGUUUGGUGGAGAGAUUCCAAAAUCACUAGUAAGGCUAUCGGCCUUGAGAGAGGUUAAUCUUGCAUUUAACCAGUUAACAGGAAACAUCCCGGAAGCUCUAGGAAAUUUAACAAGUUUACAGGAAUUAGAUCUAUCUUGGAACAAAUUAUCAGGUUCGAUUCCUAAUUCUAUUGGAAACCUGAUGUUGUUAAAAAACCUUGAUUUAUCUUCAAACCUGUUGAACGGGACAAUUCCAUUCUCCAUAGGACGACUGUCUAAUGUAGAAAAUUUGGGUUUCCCCUACAAUCAGUUGUGUGGGCUUCCAUUAUCGCUUGGAAACCUCUCAAAACUAGAGUAUCUAGAUAUACGCGAUAACUUUUUACAAGGGCCAUUUCCUAGCUUUCGAAAACUUUCCAAACUUAGUUUGCUUGACAUAUCGAACAAUUCUUUAUCUGGUGUAGUCACUGAAGCCCAUUUCCCAAAUACAUCUAUGUUAAAAUACUUUGAUGCAAGCUCAAACUACAGAUUGAGCUUCAAGAUUUCGCCCGAUUGGAGGCCUCCUUUCCAAUUAAGAACACUUCAACUUCGAUCAUGCAAAAUUGAAUCAGAAUUUCCACGUUGGAUUCGAACACAAACAAGUCUUGACACCCUAGUCCUUUCCAAUACUAGCAUUUAUGGACCUCUUCCAGAUUGGCUUAGCGAGCUCCCAAUCAUGACCAUUCUGGAUCUCUCCCAUAACUUUCUCAAUGGUCCAUUGACAAACCUUCCAUCUAACCAAACAAUCGAGUCUUUAACACAAGGUUAUGUUAGUGUGUCAAAUACGUUGCUUCUUAAGAACAACCUCUUUAAUGGACUGAUUCCAGAGUCACUGUGUAAUGUUACAAAUUUAGCUAUUCUCGAUCUUUCUAGAAAUAUGCUAUUGGGGACUUUUUUAGAUUGUUUUGGAAAUCUAAAAAAGCUGAAGGUUGUGAUAUUAAGUUCCAACCGGCUCUCAGGUGUCAUUCCAAACUCUCUUGGAAAUCUUGGCUCUUCGCUACAAUGGUUAGCUCUAAACAACAAUAGUUUCCAAGGUGAACUUCCGAAAACUCUAGCAAAUUGCACAAAUUUAGCUUUGUUGGAUUUGGGUGAAAACAGAUUCUUUGGAGGUAUACAAAAAUGGAUUGGUGACAAUAGAAAGGUUCUUGUUGUCCUCAGGCUACAUAAAAACAGCUUCACAGGUCCAAUUCCUGUAGAGUUGUGUAAAAUAUCAACUCUCCAAAUCAUGGAUCUUGGAGAAAACAAAUUAACAGGAAUCAUCCCUUGCUGUUUCCAGAACAUAAGUGGAAUGAUCACCGGAGGAGACUACAUUACAAUUCUUUCUCCAGGCACAUUCGAGCGCAGUUUAAGCCAGGUAAUGAAAGGAGUUACACUGGAGUAUACAAACACAUUGAGGUACGUUGUCAACAUGGACCUUUCGAGCAAUAAACUGGUGGGGGAAAUACCAAAGGAGUUGAUACUUCUUUCUGGGUUGCUUGGUCUUAACUUGUCUAACAAUCACCUCACAGGUCGUAUUCCAGAUAGAAUUGGUGAUAUGAAUUCGUUGGAGUCUCUUGAUCUUUCUAUAAACCAACUUUCAGGGGUGAUCCCACAAAGUCUGUCGGCAUUGACAUUUCUUAGCCAUCUGAAUUUGUCACACAAUAACUUAUUCGGAAGAAUUCCAACAGGAAGUCAGCUCCAGACGCUCACUGAUCCAUCCAUAUAUGCUGGCAAUAAUGAGCUUUGUGGUAGUCCUUUGCCAAUCAAUUGCAACCAUGAUGAAGUCCCAGAAACUGGAAGAAAUGCUGAGGAAGAUGAAGACGAUGAUGGUGAUGAGAAGAUAUUGAUUUAUGGUGCAACAUGCGGUUUCACAACCGGGUUUAUGGGAAUUGUCGCAAUUAUGGUGCUUAACAACAGAUGGAGACUCACUUUCUUCAAUUUUUUUGGAUAUCACAUUGGCAAGAAACUGUGA